AUGGAGCCAGUGGCCAAGCGCAUCCUGGUGACGGGUGGCACCGGCUUGGUGGGGAAAGCCAUUGAGAAGGUGGUGGCUGAUGGACAGGGGCGGCCGGAUGAGGAGUGGAUCUUCGUGUCCUCCAGAGAUGCUGACUUGACUAGCGCCACAGAGACCAAAGCCCUGUUUGAGCAGCACAAGCCCACCCAUGUCAUCCAUCUGGCUGCAAUGGUUGGGGGCCUCUUCAAGAACAUCCGCUACAACCUGGAUUUUUGGAGGAGAAACAUCCAUAUCAAUGACAACGUCCUGCAUUCAGCAUAUGAGACAGGGGUGCAGAAGGUAGUUUCCUGCCUCUCCACCUGCAUCUUCCCGGACAAGACGACGUAUCCCAUUGAUGAGACCAUGAUUCACAAUGGGCCACCUCACAGCUCCAACUUUGGCUACUCCUAUGCCAAGAGGAUGAUUGACAUCCAGAACAGGGGCUAUUUUGAGCAGCACGGCUGCCGCUUCACCGCUGUCAUCCCCACCAAUGUCUUUGGACCACACGACAACUUCAACAUCGAGGAUGGCCACGUCUUGCCAGGGCUCAUCCAUAAGGUCUACCUGGCCAAACAGAAUGGCUCUGCUCUGACUGUCUGGGGCACAGGCAAGCCCAGGAGACAGUUCAUCUACUCCCUGGAUCUGGCCCGGCUCUUCCUUUGGGUUCUACGGGAAUAUGAUGAGGUGGAACCCAUCAUCUUGUCAGUGGGAGAAGAAGAGGAAGUCUCCAUCAAGGAGGCAGCAGAGGCAAUUGUGGAGGCCAUGGACUUCAGGGGAGAGCUUCUUUUUGACACCACCAAGGCCGAUGGGCAGUUCAAGAAGACCGCCAGCAACGCCAAGCUACGGCGCUACCUGCCCGGCUUCCAGUUCACACCCUUCAGGCAAGCCGUGAAGGAGACCUGCGCCUGGUUCAGCACCAACUAUGCCAACGCCAGGAAGUGA